GCAGAGGUGUCGGCGUGGUACCUCGGAGAACUCUUUCGUGUUGUGAGGUUUCGUUUUCAUUUGCUUUUAUGUUUUAUUGGACAUUUUUAUUUCGUUUUCCUCCACGACUCAAAGGCUCGUGCUACAUCCCAUAAUGGGAAGUGGCUUUGCUGAUGCUUCCUAUGGCUACGCUUGUCUAGAACGGAAAACUUGAAAGCAAACUGGACUGUAACGGCACAAUUUAUUCACUUUCACCUUUUAUACGUGAAAUAUAAAUAGUAAAAGCGUUCCGCAGCUUGAUAUCAAGCAUUUUAAAAUGGAAUUUGUUGGCUUGGGAAACAUGCAAGUGCUCAAAUGAGAGAGAGGCUGUGGUGUUUGGUGCCCAGACCACGUGACGUGUAUCCCUGCCAUGAUCCAUGCCAUGAUGGAGCCGCGGUGCAAAAGGAGGAGAAGCGCAGACACCGAGCCCGUGUCCUGGCGUGUCCUCCCAGUGCUCUCGGAUGAGCAGUGCCAGGACACGCAGCUCCUGGACGCCUACGCCGCCCCCAUCGCCGAUAAGAGGCAGACCUCCCGCCUCGUGAGGGCUCUGGCCACGGUGUACCCCAUGGCUGGCCUCCAGCACAUCAAGAGGGUGAGGGCGCGCAAGGACCCCGGCAGCCCGCAUCCUUUAGAGAUCAUCGUCUGUCUCGUCAGAGAUCUGCCCGCCACGGGCGACGAGCGGGGGAAAUCCAUCGCCGAGCUUCUGUCCUCCGCCGACGUGGACACGAGCGCUUUGGGGGAACCCUUCUUGGUGAAAAUCCCAGCGUCCCCCCCGCUCACGAGACCUCAGUUUGAACUGGCCAGUAAGCACUGGCCCACUUCCUUCCACGAGGACAAGCAGGUUACCGUCGCCCUCCGGGGGGAUCUCUUCACCCCUGGCGAAAAAGCCAAAAUGCAGGGAUUCAUGGAAACUGCGAUUGCAGCAGCAAGAGCAGGACAGCGAGAAGGGAUGCAGCCUGUUGGUGGCGUCAUCGUUGACCCACAAACGGAGAGAAUCGUCGCCGUGGGCCAUGACUGCAGUCAAGGUGCCCAUCCCCUGCAGCAUGCCGUUAUGGUCUGCAUUGAUCUGGUUGCUCGUGCCCAUGGUGGGGGGGCCCAUCAGUACAAGUAUGCGCACUGUAAGUUUUCAGAGGCCGGUUCUCCACCCCGCCUGAGGAACGGCAGUGCUCUCGGCCUGGAAGUCAAGGGCAACGUGGACGAGCUGGAGCCCAACGCGCUGCCGUACAUCUGUACGGGCUGCGACCUGUACGUAACCCGGGAGCCAUGCGUGAUGUGCGCCAUGGCGCUGGUCCACUCGAGGAUUGGCAGGGUGUUCUAUGGAGCAGCUUCGCUGGACGGGGCUUUAGGCAGCAGAUACAAAAUUCACACUCAGAAAGGACUGAACCACCACUUUGACGUUUUCAAAGGAGUUAUGGAGCAGGAAUGUGAGGAUCUCAUCAGCAAGCCUUCUUAAAAUGGAUUGUUUGGUAUUUAACAGUGUGAAGAUUCACUUCAUGACUCAAAUCCAAAUAGUCAUUAAAUGCACAGAUGACCAGUCACUUAGAAUUUUUAAAAAUAAAUUUACUUAUUUUUGUAUACUGCCUGGAUACUAACAUGCUGUGUCUUAUUACAAGUGUUUCCUGCUAUGGGCCAGUAUUUCUGUUUGACUACAGGGAUGUAACAUUUGUUACCACACAGCAGUUCCUGACCAACUGUUGGACGUUAUAAUUUCUUUGUAACACUGCUUCAAACCACCAGACCUGAACUGCUAUUAAAGAACAAAUUUCUAGGUGUACAUAAAAUUCAGCAUGCAUUAUUGGCUCUACAGCUCCACUGCAGCCUGAGCAGAAAAUUCAGUAAACUUUCCCUUUUUGUGACAAUGGAGUACUGUAUUUGCAAGUCAUACAUUUGAAAUCUAAAACUGUUCACCAUCUAAACUUUUAUAGCUACUGGCUGAUAUGUCGUAUUUACUGCGAGCCUCUCAAGGACAGGAGGAAGGAAACAUACAGACUAUUAAUAUUUUGUAAUAUAAAUAUUUUAUUGAAGGCAAUUUAAAAAAAGACAAUAUUCCAACAGUCAUUAAGUCUGAUGGCGGGGAAAUGAACAGACAUCUGAUUUAGCCAUUUCUGGAUGCUGUUUAGUACCACAGUAACCAUGAAAAUUGGAAAAACUUGCUCUGUGGAUGGAAGAAUUAUACCAAAGGGAAACACAAAUACAUGGAAUCACUGAAGUGUCACUGUAUCCUGUUCCACUCUUGUUUUUCCAGUUCACACUUCCUUUUAUAAAUGCAGACACAUCAAAAUUGUGCCAUUGUGCUGUAACUCUAUUAAUUCCAGAUCUCAAGGCAGGAUCAGACCAGCUGGAAUUCAGUUAACAGUUCAAUCACUGUACAGCUCAGAGCAAGCAAACAUAUACACUGUUCUUUUUUCCAACAAUAAUUAAAAACAAAAAAAAAAAAAACAAUUUUGUGACUCCUCCACAGGAUUUAAACGUUCCUUUAACAGGUUAAUUAAUAUGACGGGAAAUACCUUCUCUGUUCUGGAGGUUUUAAAUCAUUUGCCGGUUGAGAGAUAAACAAAUACUCCGAAUCACUGCAGGCUCUGAAAAUGUAACAAUACUGACUAUGCUUAUAAUGAAAAUAGCAGAUUGUAUUGAGUGGCACAAAAUAUUUAUAUUACAUUAGGUACAUAAGCUAAUAAUACUGUCAAUGAGGAGAUCUCACUAGUAAUGCUGAAGUAAGACGAAUUCAUAUCUUCAGGCUUUUUAGUUAAUAUUAUUUUACAAAUACAAACAGUAAACAUUUUAAAGAAGAAAAACAGAUGCACUGCAUAUCUAACAACACUUACACUGUAAGGAUAAGUCCUACUUGACUGAGUAAUACAAAAUGAUCAAUUUCACCUUGGACGUUGCACCAAAGGAGUCGUUUUCUACACGGAUCGUUUCAGUAAUGACACCCUAAACCGAUUCGGCGGUCAGUGAAAUAGGAAUAGGUUUAUUGGUAGGCCCUUACUGUUUACUCAGUCAGCAAAAAACUAUUUUCAUUACAUUGUAUUCCUCGAAUAAGUAUUUUAUUUGUGCCAUUUUAAGUACAGAAUUCAAAACUGAAAUAGUUUCAAACAGUUAUAUGAAUGUCAAAAAACUUCACGUUAGCCUUGGGCCUGCCCAGUUCCAACAAGAGGAGUACGCCAGACAUUACACACACACAGUAUGAAAGCGGUUGUCCCGAGCAGGGUCA